AUCAGGCGCAUGGGUUUAAAGCCAUGGUUACCACAUUGAGAUAGUCUGUACAUAGGAAUUCGCAUCAAUGUUUCAGUACCGUUCAAGAUGCGCUUUGCGACAGUUAAAUUUCGACCGCCUUCGCUUAAUUCCGUGUACGAAAUGAUUUUAUACGUUUGUACGUCGUAAUAGGUAUACCUACGCAAAUACGGGACCAGCUAGCAAGGCAUGUGGAAUAAUUUACUCGUAUGUGGAAUUUGCUUGUUUUCUUUGAAUUUUCUCUCUUUAUCCAAAUCUAUGGAAUUUCCAAGUACUAAAUUCACCGUUCAACAAGCAUGGAAAAAUCAACAACAACAACAACAGCGACAAGAACAAGAGCAUCAGCAGCUGAAUCGGCGUGUCGAUACUCCCGUAUUACGUGAAUUUACGCAAAAUACGACGUGUUCGCAUAUCGCGGAAAAUUCCGAAUCGCCUCGAAAAAAUAUUCAAAAUAAACCCUACGCUUUUCACGAGGGUAAAGAAAAUAAAUUUUUUUAUAAUAAAUUUUUUAUAACGAAUAAAACAAAGCGGCGAUCGGAAUCGAAAAACGAUGCUUUCGAUGUAACUAAAACUAUAAAGGAGAGUAAAUUCAACCGUGUAAAUAAUGAUUCGGCGAUCUCGACGAAAAACUCGUCGAAAUCGUGUCUGUCGAAUAGCGACGCUUCUGCCACAGUCGAGUCAAAUUUUAAUAUCACUCAAAAUUCAUACGAGCCAACGCGAAAUAGCUUCGAUGUAAAUAGAACGUACUACCAGGACGCCGCCGCCGAGUACGAGAACACGCAUACUCGUACACCUCGAACGCCCACUCGACGAGUUAAAAAUUUCAAAUUGCAAUUACCACUUAAUGGCUGUGCUAACAACGUGUGCGAAAUUAAAACGACACAAAGUCCUAUCUCCGAUCUAUUAAAUAUUUCGAACCGCCGGCGGCUUCAGCAAGUUUCCAAUGCAUACGAUCGGCACAAUGAUGCGAAAAAUUUCAACUUAUAUGACAAUCAAAUGAACGAGAAUUUAAUGCGUACCAAACGACCUAUUUUAAAAGCGCACCGAAGUAUCGAUACGCCGAAAAAAUUACACCGUGCUCGGUUUAAUAUUAGCCGAACGGAUUAUCCCAUUAAUGUAAAUUUUCACUCAUCGUCUCAGCAAAAGCGUUUUAAAAAUGGCCAAUUUAAUGCCAGCUUAUCCGUAAACCACCCUUGUGUUCUAUCAGCGAUGACCAAUCGAUCUGACAAUUUGUAUCGCAGUAUCGCCAACGAAACAAAUCAGAUUAGCAUCAACGUAACAGGUAAUAAGGCUGAAUUUUUCACAAAAGAACCAAUUACGAAGAACGAUACGUGGCAUUUUUACCAUUCAAAUGCUGUCAAUGGAAGUACAGACAGGACAACUAAUAUAACCGAGGAAAAUAUCAGUCCAUCGAUAGAGAUGCUACAUCGUUUGAACUUUACGGAAUUACAGAGCGCUGGAAAUAAUCGUUAUAACCGAAUUAUUAAAAAUCACAAACAUUCUAGAACAAAGAGGCAAUCAAAGAAUGAAAAAACAGACUUCACAAGCCAGACAUUAUCGAGCACUUCGCCAUUCUUUAGUACGCAGACAGUAACUAAGAGAAUACAAAUCAAUGAAGACAAAGCAAUUACCAUCGAGUAUUACGACAGUAGAGAAACUCGUAAAAGUACCACGGUUACGAGCCAGCCGAGCGUUAUCUAUAAAAAUAAUAAUUUUAAAAAUACCACUGCCGCGAAUAUUAUUAAAACAAACGAUAAAAUUAGUACUACGAAAAAUGAAAUUACCCUGAAACCUUCUUCGCUGGUUAGAGAAAAUAUCACCAUGCAAAAUUCAUCACGUGGUCAAAACGUUGCACAGAGUGAAAAAUUAAGAAGACUGUCUUCCACUUGCGGCGCCAGCUCUACGAAUACGACGAAAAAAACCAUUUUCAUCCUGGGGCUAUUUGCAUUAACCAACGGGCCAUCGGAAAGAACAGCCGGUCGGAGUGAAAUAGCAGCCGCUUCGUUAGCCAUCGAGCACAUCAAUCAGAUGCAAAUUUUAGGAUGCGAAUACGAGCUACAAAUGCUCGUUAAUAACACGCAGGAAGAUCCGGGUGUAGCGUUGAAUAAUUUUUUCUACGCUAUGUACAAAGAUCAACAAAAGAAGAUUAAAGCUUUGUUAGGAUCAUCUAACGCCGAAGUGACUCACGCUCUGGCUAAAAUUACUUUAGCAUGGGAUAUACCAACGAUAUCAUUUGGAUUCUCAUCGCCUCAACUUAGCGAUAGUAAAAAGUAUCCUAUGUUUUUUCGUACCGUUGCUCCCGACUCUUCGCAUAAUCAAGCGAGAAUAGCGUUUCUAAAUUUCUUCAAAUGGAACUCCAUCAUUACCAUUUGCCAACAGCAAGAUUUAUAUUCCUGGGGUAUUAACGAUCUAUCCACUAAAUUGGAGGAAUCCAACAUUACGCAAGAAAAAACCAUCUCGUUUUCCGAGCAGGAUUUUGAAGCACAUUUAAAACUGAUGCCGGAACAAGACAGUAAAAUAAUAGUUGGAAGCUUUUCUAACGACGUAGCACCGAAAUUUUUCUGCGCGGUACACGAUAUGGGUCUCUAUGGAGGAGAUUACGUUUGGAUUCUACCUGGAACUUUGGAAAACCGAUGGUGGAACACGAAUAAAUACUGUUCCAAGCAAAAGCUAAUCGAAGCGGUAAAUGGAUUGAUUUUGAUCAGCAGUAAAAAGCAACUAGACGAAGACGAAUUCGCCGUUUCUUUUGUGAAUGAAAAAGAAUUCCUAAAUUUGUUACCGAAAUUAAAAAGCGAAUUUGUGAGGGAAGCAUAUGAUGCGGUGUGGGCGACCGCAUUAUCAUUAAAUCGCACUUUGUCCUCGUGCAAGCACGACAACAACGCGGACUGUUUGAAUAAAUCAUUUCAUAAAUCGUUCCAGAAACAGUUCGUGGAUAAUUUCCAGUACAUACAAUUCAAAGGUACUUCGGGUCCGAUACUAUUUCACGGAGCGGAUAGAAUUUGCAUAACCAACUUUUAUCAAAUUCAAGACGGCGAAAUAUUUCCUAUUGCACAGUACGACCCGAUGACAUUGAAGUUGAAUUUUAAUUGCUCCAAUUGCAAAGAUAUAAUUUGGCCCAGCGGUUACAUACCAGUUUCAAAAAGAACCUACGAACUUCAUAUUAUGAAUAUAACACCUGUUGCGUUCUACGUCAUCAACUCGUUGGCAGUUUUGGGUAUUUUAGUGUCGCUGUGUUUUCUAGUCUUUAAUAUUUACUAUCGUGAACAAAAAUAUAUCAAAUUAUCGUCGCCUUAUUUGAACGCUACCACAAUCGUGGGAUGUAUAUUAGUCUACCUGGCUGUAAUAUUUCUUGGAAUUGAUAACAGUACGAUGCCUCCAGCGUUUACUUUUCCAACUAUAUGCACGGCUCGUGUCGCAUUAUUAUCAACCGGAUGUUCGUUAGCUUUCGGAUCCAUAUUCGCAAAAACAUAUCGAGUGCAUCAAAUUUUCAUCAAAAGCAAUCACGGAAUUCUUAAAAGUAAAGUGCUGCAAGAUUCCAGAUUGGUUCCAAUUAUAGGCGUAUUUGUGUUAAUCGAUGGGGUUAUUAUUGUUAUUUGGACAGCCAUAGAUCCUAUGGAACAUGAUUUAUAUAAUCUUACGUUAGAAGCCAGUGUAGCCCAUCCUGAGAUUAUUCAUCAAAUUCAGGUUGAAGUAUGUAAAUCAGAGUACAAAAACACGUGGUUAUUCGCACUGGGCAUCUACAAAGCGGUAUUUUUCAUCUUGGGCCUUUAUAUGGCUUGGGAAACGAGGAAUGUAAAAAUACCUUCUUUGAACGAUUCGGAAUACAUUGGACUGACAGUGUACACGGUUUUGGUAACCACUGUUCUUCAUUUCACUCUGGCUAACGUUACUUCAGAUCGUAUUACUUUGGCAUAUGUAACUACCACUUCGCUGAUACUAUUUACCACAACAUCUUCAAUGUGUUUGUUAUUCCUGCCAAAAAUCAAUGCGAUAUUCAGACAUAAAGAUUCGGCUCAUAAAAAAAUAGUUAGCAGCUCUGAUUUGAAAAUAGAAUCGAAUACUAUAAGAUUCGUUAAAAAUGAUGACCAAGAGCCAUAUUACAGAGUCCACAUACAGAAUUUUGCGUACCGAAAAUACGUGGCAUUUUUAGACAGAGAAAUACAAAAUUUACAUUACAAAGUGUACAUUAAAAAAAACGACGAUCCAGAUUUACUGGCAAGAAGAGCGACAAAAAUCUACGACAAAUUACCCAACUUACGAAAAUACAGAAGAGAAAAAUCAUCAAGCUUAUGCGGAGGCAUACCAAAUUUAUUCAUGCUGACGGUAUUUCCAGUCGUAAUCCCUCGAGCCAGCUGGCCCUACGCUGAACACCUAGACAGACCAAUCACCGAAGAAAUGUCAUUCAGUUCAGAAACCAAACUACAAUCGAUAAGAUUCGAAGAUGCGGCACUGAAUGCUAAAAACCGCGACAGCGAAGAAGACGAAGAUCAACCAAAGUGUGAAGGAUCUGCGCCCAACAGUCCGUUGAAGAAGGUUUUUGAUCACGACGAAUAUCAGGAUACGUCUUCGGACGUUGAAGAAGACCAUAACCAUCCGAGUAGCGUUUUAAAAAUUUGUAAAGCUAUUGUUCAUAGUCCUCUGAGUGACGAUGAUGUUAAAAGAUUAGAUCAGCCGCCUAAAAUUAUGAUUACAGAUACCGAGGCUCUGAAUGGAGAUUGUAAUGAUGAAAUUGAUGUGAUUCAACAGUUGGAAAUUUAAUUUAAAUACCUACCUAUAAAUAAAUGUAGAUAAAUUUUUAUCAAGUAAAGAAACCAUCGUGUACCCAGUUGACUCAUUAUUUUGGAAUGCUGAUGCUCUCAUUUUGAAGAUCAAAUUAAAAAACUACGAAAUAGGUAGCGUACCUACCUACUUAGUUGUAUGUUUUGUUUUCUAUAGGAAUAGGUACCUAUCUAUGUGAGCAUUCGACCAACAAAAAAGUCUCCCUUUGCUUUUAUUUUGAUCAUAUUCGUAUAUGUUUGUAUGAAUCAUUAGUUGCUUCUAAUUAUCAAUUACAUAGGUACCUACCUAGUAGAUAUACCUAAUUAAGUACUAGAUUUUCGUUAGUGACAAACCCUUUUGAAUAUGGAAUUAAAGUCAACUGGGUGCAUCGAAUAAAGUUCAAUGAACUCUACACAUAUAUUAAAAAGAGAUAACAAACUGUUACCAAUUCUUUGAUACAUACCUAUAUUGCGAACAAUUUAUUUAUCAUGUAAUGUGUGUUGUAUCCUUUGUAUUUAUUGUAUGUAAUUAUCUGUUUUUAAUGAAUAAAAAGUUAUACGAUUUUUUAAAA